CACUCCACCUGGCUCCGGCUCCCUCUGGCCCCAGGCACUUGACCUGGCAAAGUGGCCCACAGUCUUGGCCAGAGAACUUGGAGCGGCUGUGCUCUAACAGAAGGCCAGAUCUCAAAAUUUCUGAUUGAUUUUCUUUCCUAGAAUCCAGCCCAAGGAGGCCUCUUACCAGACACCCAACUCCAAGGAACCCCCCACCUGCCCGGGGCACAAACUGUCAACAGUCCUACCUACAAUGCAGGCCGCUGGGUAUCUGGAGCCCCUUCGCAUCAGGGGUGCCUCCUCCCUCACCCCACUGGGUGCCAACGUCUCUCAGGACAAUGGCACUGGCCACAAUGCCACCUUCUCCGAGCCGCUACCGAUCCUCUAUGUGCUCCUGCCUGCCGUGUACUCCGGGAUCUGCGCCGUGGGGCUGACUGGCAACACGGCCGUCAUCCUUGUCAUCCUGAGGGCGCCCAAGAUGAAGACGGUGACCAACAUGUUCAUCUUGAAUCUGGCCAUUGCUGACGGGCUCUUCACACUUGUGCUGCCCGUCAAUAUCGCAGAGCACCUGCUACAGCACUGGCCAUUUGGGGAGCUUCUCUGCAAGCUGACGCUGGCCGUCGACCACUACAACAUCUUCUCCAGCAUCUACUUCCUGGCCGUGAUGAGCGUGGACCGAUACCUGGUGGUGCUGGCCACCGUGCGGUCCCGCCACAUGCCCUGGCGCACCUACCGGGGGGCGAAGGUCAUCAGCCUGUGUGUCUGGGUGGGCGUCACGGUCCUGGUUCUGCCCUUCUUCUCUUUUGCUGGCGUCUACAGCAACGAGCUGCAGGUGCCAAGCUGUGGGCUGAGCUUCCCGCAGCCCGAGCAGGCCUGGUCCAAUGCCAGCCGCAUCUACACGGUGGUCCUGGGCUUCGUGGUGCCUGUGUGCACCAUCUGUGUGCUCUACACAGACCUGCUGCGCAGGCUAAGGGCCGUGCAGCUCUGCUCUGGCGCCAAGGCUCUAGGCAAGGCCAGGCGGAAGGUGACCAUCCUCGUCCUGGUCGUGCUAACCGUGUGUCUCCUCUGCUGGACACCCUUCCACCUGGCCUCCAUCGUGGCCCUGGCCACAGACCUGCCCCAGACCCCGCUGGUCAUCAGCAUGUCCUACGUCAUCACCAGCCUCAGCUACGCCAACUCGUGCCUGAACCCCUUCCUCUAUGCCUUUCUGGACGACAGCUUCCGCAAGAAUUUCCGCACCAUGUUCCGGUGCUGAGGGGCCUGAGCACCCAUCAUCACCCUCACCAUCACCCCCACCCCCACCCACCAGUUCAGGUGGCCUCUUCCAGGGGACGCUGUGCCUGUUUACAUCCCCAUGCUGUCUUCUCCACACAGCAAGACACGGACCCUCAAAUGCUGGCCACCAAACCUCCAGAGAGAGCCAUGGACAUAUACCUCCCACGUCUGCUUCCUGGACAGCCCCUGGGUGGACAGCAGCAGGGAUCCAGGUCAGAGCAGAGCAAGCAUCCUUAGUCCAAUCACCCACAAGGGACAGACAGAUGGACAAGCCCUGGAAGGUUCUGGGGCUGGGGUUCCCUAAUGACAGUGGUUGGAAGGGGAAGGAACCCAAACCAUGAUCUCGACCUGGGCCAGCACUGUGUGGCACAGUCAGGAUCCCUUGGACUCUUCCCAAGACAGGGUUGGGAGGUGGCACAGUGUGGGCACCUCAGGCAGCAGUGCUAUGCUGCUGCAAAGGCCAGCGACACCUGCAGCAACUGAGACCACGAAAUCCACUGUCACGGCCUGAAACCCAAGUGACGUUCCAGCAGUCGGCCAUCCCCGCCACGCCCUCAUGCCACGGCCUUGUGCUCCUUUGUACCCCCCCAGGCCGUGGCCAAUGGUCCUCUCAUAGUUUGCUACAGGGUACAGGGCCCUUCUGCCAGGACCUCUGGGCCACCAUGGCCUAGGGACCAUCUGUCACUUGGACAGGCUGGCACCUGGAACUCUUCCUCCCACGGUGUGGCUGGGGCUUGUACUCAGCCAGCAGGAGCUG